GUUUAUGUAGGGCGCCCUCUAUGGUUUGAACAAUUUUAAUCAUGGCGUCCUGGGUUACCAGUAUCUGCGCCAUCGGCUUGUGUAUUUAUGGCCUUAUUUUGUUGGUCGGAUCUAACCAGUGGCACUACCCAUCUUGUGUUGUUGUCAAUCCCAACACCGGUCCAUGCCUUAGUAUCUUCCUCCGUUACUUCAACGGAUACCCUUCAGCCAUCGGGGGCGGGGAACUAGUCCAUCAUGAAUGGGUGCAGUACUUAGACUAUGUGUAUGACUACAAUGACGAGAGCUCAACCAAUUGUAAAAUAAGGCAAAGAUCCAAAUCCUACUCAGAUUUCGUCAAUGUGACCUGGACCCGCGAUGGUUUCUCCACCUGUACUCAGUCCAACGUGGAGAGGUUCAACGCCUGGUGGACCUUUGUCUGCGAGGGCCACUGUGUGGACGAUGACAACUGCCGUAGGUACCCGACGUUCCUGGGUCAGCACCUCUGGAAUAACUGCUCCUGGGAUGAGGAAGUGGAUCGGCCCUCUUAUGACCUGAGAUUGCCUUGAUGCCAAAGUGAAGGCUGAGUGUAACAUGAGAAAUGUUGGUCUUGGUCCGUGAGACUGGAUUUGAUUUGUGUUCCUCUAAUUCAGCCAUUCCCUGGCAAGUGUAUCUUACACAACAGUUCAAACCAACAUAUUCAAUCUCGACGAAACGA